GUAAAAUUCAAACCCUAGUUUUCUUUCACUGUGAGGACCCAUCAUCAGCAUUAUAUUCUAUUCACUUUGUUAUCUCUACAAAAGGGGUGUCACUUUUCUCUCUCCUCAAUUAACCAGGACUGAGCCAUGGCUGCCAAGAAGGCAUGUGAAUCAUUCUCCAAAACCUUGAUUGAGGAAGUGAAUAAAUGGGGUUGCUUGAAGCAGACAGGGGUGAGCUUGAGGUACAUGAUGGAAUUUGGGUCCAAACCCAAUCCCAAGAAUUUGCUGAUUUCUGCUCAGUUCCUUCACAAGGAGCUUGCUAUUAGGAUUGCCAGAAGAGCUAUUGAGCUUGAGAAUCUUCCCUAUGGUUUGUCUCAAAAACCUGCUGUUUUGAAGGUUAGGAAUUGGUUUUUGGAGUCUUUCCGUGAUGUUAGAUCCUUCCCUGACAUCAAGAAUAUGAAUGAUGAAAAAGAGUUCACUGAAACAAUUAAGGCCAUCAAAUUGAGACACAACCACGUGGUCCCUACAAUGGCCUUGGGUGUUCAGCAAUUGAAGAAAGGUAUGGAUCCAAAGAUUGUGUAUGAAGAUCUUGUUGAGAUUCAUCAGUUCCUUGAUCGCUUUUACUUGUCAAGAAUCGGAAUCCGCAUGCUUAUCGGGCAGCAUGUUGAGUUGCACAAUCCCAAUCCUGCUCCCCAUUGCGUGGGUUAUAUACAUACAAAAAUGUCUCCUCUGGAGGUGGCGAGGAAUGCCACUGAGGACGCACGUUCUAUUUGUUGUCGUGAAUAUGGCAGUGCACCUGAUGUCCAUAUUUACGGAGAUCCUGAUUUUACUUUUCCAUAUGUUCCAGCUCACUUGCAUCUUAUGGUAUUUGAGUUGGUUAAGAACUCACUGCGUGCUGUCCAAGAGCGUUUUAUGAAUUCUGACAAAGUUGCACCUCCGGUUAGAAUAAUAGUUGCUGAUGGAAUAGAGGAUGUUACCAUAAAGGUUUCAGAUGAGGGAGGUGGAAUACCAAGAAGUGGUCUGCCAAAAAUUUUUACAUACCUAUACAGUACAGCCAGAGACCCAUUGGAUGAGCAUUCGGAUCUUGGAAUAGGUGAGAAUGUGACAAUGGCUGGUUAUGGAUAUGGUCUUCCUAUUAGUCGUCUAUAUGCUCGGUAUUUUGGAGGUGAUCUUCAAAUAAUCUCAAUGGAAGGAUAUGGGACUGAUGCAUAUCUCCAUUUAUCUCGUUUGGGAGAUUCACAAGAACCUCUGCCAUGAAAGUUGGUUGUUCCCAUUUCAGUUGAAGUAAUGUUGUGACAGGAAAAACACCAUAAUUAGUGUUAAAAAGGACUAUUUGCUUUCAUUUUUUUUUUUACAUUCUAAUGAAUUGACAGAUUUCUUGUAAAUAUUGUCAUACAUAUAGACUUCUGCAAUAAUCCAACUUUGGGAAUUUGUUCCCCCUCCCCACCUUUUUUUUUGUUUAAAAUGAAAUGAUUAUAUUUCUAUCAUUUUACGUGAGAAAAGCCAAGUUUCUACACAUAUAAA